AUGAGUGAUUAUGGUACUCGUAUAAUCCUUGCUUGGGAUGCUCGAUUUUUAGAUGUCAUGGUUUUAGAAGCUCAUAAUCAAUUCUUAAAUUGUAAGGUGCUUGUUCGGGGUAGUCAACAUUAUAUUUUCGUUUCUUUGGUUUAUGGGGAUAAUGUAUGUAAUGCCCGUCGUGCUUUGUGGUCGGGGCUGCGGAAAUUUAAAGUGCUCAUUGGUUCUUCCCCGUGGGUUGUAAUGGGGGAUUUUAACACCAUAUUCCCUCAUGAUGGGUUUGGAGGGUCCUCUCGUCGUAACUUGGAUAUGGCUGACUUUUUUGCGUUUGUAGAGGAUGUGGAAUUAUUUGAUUUGCAUUAUACGGGAGUCCAUUUCACGUGGAACCAAAAACCGAAUUCUUCGGGAGGUAUCAUGCGGAAAUUGGAUAGAGCUAUGGGCAAUGAUGAGUUCACGUCUGUUUUUCAAGAUGUUAGUGUUCAUUUUCAUCCUCCGGGUCUUUCGGAUCAUGCUCCAGUGACGGCACUGAAGAGUCCUCUUUGGAAACUUCGUCAUUCUUAUGGCAACCUUGGUAAGCGUGUUGCCUUUUUGAAGACUGAACUUGAUCGUAUCCAGUUGGAUGUUGAUAAUGAUCCGUCUAAUGUUGAGCUAGGCCAAGAGUUGGGUCAUAUUCGGAUUGCGUAUCAUAAUGCAUGUCGGGAUGAGAAUUGUGCCGCGAAAACAACGUGCCAAAAUUGCUUGGUUGAAUGA